AGUUUCUUCAAUUUUUUUUGUUUUUUUGGUAACUAAUCUGGAUGGCUAAUCUACCUUCUUUGAUACGUUUUUUUGUUAAUUGCUUAUGUUGUAGAAUUACUCUUUUUUUCUGUUGAAAGGCACAACAAAUAGAGUGAAAAAGUCUUGAGUAUGGCGUUACGCAACAGUUAAAUAAAUAAAUUACAGCUUAAAUGAGAUUGUCUUUAUGUUUGAGGUGGUGAGUCUUGCGGUGGGGUGUUGAACGCUACAGAGGGGACACUCCUCUCACCUGGCUACCCCGCUCAGCUUGAUGCAAACCUUACCUGCGUCUGGUAUAUGAGUAAGACAGACAGGUAUGCCCUUUUUCACCUGGAGGACCUAGGGCUGUCAGGAUCCAAGGCAUCGCUUAUGAUCUAUAGUGGAAAUGCCACUCAUACCCAAAAUGCUGCUGAAAUAGUGGCUAACUUUAGCCAGACAUCUGAGGUGAGGCCAGUUAUAACAUCAGAUAAUGUGACCACUGUUAUAUUGUACACUGGAAGCUGGCCUCUCCAAAACAUGACAGCCAGACUCAAGAUGCAUUAUGAGAUAAGCUCUGAUUGUCGACAGAAAAUGAAAGUUUGGACUACUAAGGUUAAGAGUCCACUUUUCUCCCAGGGUGCUCUACCUUUGAAAUGCUCUUAUGACAUUGAGGGACAAAACUCGCACAUGAAUUUUACGGUGUCGUUUGAAGAGUUCAAAUUGACCAAGGGACACUUGAUCAUGAAACAUGACAAUGAAACUCUUCAGAAUUUUACAGGCACCAAAAUGCCCGAUGAUGUCUUUACAAAGGGAGAUAACUUGCUACUAGAGUUCACAACAGAUUCGAAAGAUGUGGAGAAAUUCACAGCUGUGGUGAGCAGUGUAAACGCAGAUUGUCUGUACAACCUGACGUUGAAUAACUCAGGAACACCUGUGCCUCUUGUGAUACCUGACAGCGUCCAGUCCCCGUUAACCUGUCGCUGGGUGCUCUCAGUCCCGAAAGACUACACCAUAAGGGUCAGCGCUGAUCAGUCCAGUCUUACGUCCAGCAGACUAAUGGUCAGUGAGGGACGGUCACUGUUUGGCUCAAAGAUACGGGUCAUUUUAGGAGACCCUGAAACAGGAAAAUCGUUUGUGAGCAAAAAAGAUUCUGUGUCUGUCUACCUGUCGGUGGAUCCAUCUCUUAUUCAUGGACAGCUUCACAUCACAGCCACUCCGCAGCAGUAUGGUGGUGUGUUUUACCAUAACGGCAGUCUAGAAGGCCAUGGGGUGGACUUUGAUGGAUCUAGUGAGUGGCAUUAUAACCUCAUUAGCCUUGCCAAACAAAAGGUGAGGUUUGUGAUAACGAACAGCUCUCUGUUUCCGGCAAGCUCCAUACGGUGCUACGAUGGCUUGACAGAGUCAUCUCCCCUUCUUGCUGAGUUCAGGAGCGACCGUACAUUUUACCCAGUGGUGAGCUCUGGUACACAGAUGUUAGUUGUUGCCAGUAACCUUGAACUAAGGGGAUUCUUCACUGCUGAAUUUACAAGCACUUUGGAAGAGUGUGAUAAAAUAUCGCAAGGUUAUCAGGGUCAUUACUAUGGCAACAUGACUUUGCCUGAAGGGUCAGAGGACAAGGUGUGCAGCUGGAUCAUUCAGCCAAUCACAGAUGAAUCAGGUGUUUUUCUUAUCAGAGCAUCCAUGUCUGGGAUUCAUGAAAGUGAUAAUUUAAAAUUGUACGAUGGACUGUCGGAAUACAAUCUGAACGUGUUUCUGGCAAAGGGAGAUAAGCAUGGAUCUUCUGCAAAUCUACCUGUGGUUAUUAUUCCAGCUCAAACUGGAGCCAGGUUAUCUCUGGUAGUUGAUGACAAUAAUGGGACCGCUAAUAACUACACAAGGAUUGUGAAAGCUGAUUAUUCCUUCAGCUCAGACAGGAUCUGUGGUGGAGUGCUGGCGCCUGGAAUGGCUGGACACAUACUAAGUCCUUUCUACCCUAAUGAACACUACCCUCUCAAUCUGCGCUGUGAAUGGAAUACCACGGUAGUCAAGGAAAAGCUACUAUAUAUAACCUUCAACACGUUUGAUGUUGCUCCAGAGCAUACUGUGAAUGUCCUCCAGUAUGUGAAUGAAACAGAGAUAACCGAGGGGUCAAGACUGAGAUUUAAUGGCUCUGUAGUACCAAGUGAUGUCAUAUUGAAAGGGCCAAGAGUCAAUGUUACCUUCAACACAGAAAAACUCCACCAGGGAGGCAAUUCUGGAAGAGGAUUUAAUGUUUCUUACAGAACACUGGAUUGUGGAGGUAGACUGACUAGCAGGAAGACAGAGUUGUCUACCCCUGGUUUCCCCACUCAUGUUUCUUCUACAACAGAAUGUAUAUGGAUCAUUGAGGUUCCUCUCAAUGUCAGCCUCAACAACUCUGUGCCUGUACUCUCUAUAAACAUCGAUCUGGAAGGUUUCUCAAAUACUUCACGAAGUAACUUUCUCCAGUUCCGAGAUGGAAAUUCUCUGCAUGCACCUAUCAGUAACAUCAAACUGACCAAUGGAAAGACAACUGGGCUGCACUCACGAACCAAUAAAUUCUGGAUUCGGUAUAUCUACCAGUUGCAUAACUCACCAUCCAAUGCUCCAGGAUUUGCAUUUAAGAUGAGCUACACAACAUAUGACUGCCCUAGAUCACAGCAGUGUGAUAAUCGGAUAUGCAUGCAGCCCAGCUGGAAGUGUGAUGGAAUCGACCAAUGUGGAGAUGAAAGCGACGAAAAGAACUGUUCUAGCACAAUAACAACCACGACAGGAGUUGCUGGCUUUGUUGUCGCCAUCCUGAUGAUCGUUGGAUUUGCUCUGGGAGUUAUAGCUGCAGUUGUGGCCCCUGCUGUGUACAAGCGUAUCCGCUACCCAAACUACACCCACCUACGAGACAUUGUCUCACCAAUUGAGACAUAAAUCCACUUUUGAGACAAGGACCUCCUCUGGACGCUUAGACAGAGUAUGUCAUGAAUAUUUAGACUGCAUUAAUAUGACUAGUAUAAAAAUGACCUUGAAAUAUGGACAGUUAUGAGUACUCCAGAAGCUGUGACUCGUCAAGUUUUGCAUUGGUCUUUGCUGCAUUUUCUUCUCACCCCACUGAGAUUUUAAUAUGUGUUAUUGUUAUUUUUCUGUUGGAUUUUAGGAAUGCAGGCUUUGAAUUAAAACAACAUUUUUGGGUGCUCGGACUUUAUGUGCACCCAUGCACCGUUAAAUUCAAACCCAGGACUGUUGAAGAAUAUGCUGAACUUUUUGGCCUGUGAACACGUUACUGAAUUUGCAGUUUAUUGAUCGAGAUAUUUUUUGAUUGGCCACUGAAUAUGUGUUAACUUAACAAUUUUUUUUUUUAGGUUUUCCUGCUUAAAUACGGUAUUUAGAGAACUACUUUGACAUACAUGUAACUUAGCAAAAGGAGUCCGCUAUUUAUAUGUCUUAGAAUUUGUAUUAAAAUUUUAUUAUUCUGAAGCAAAUUUUUUUGUAGCACUACCCAAUGUUUUUUUUUUUUUUUCUUCUCCUUCUGAGAAGGAGUUGAUUCAUACACAUUCUGUGUUACAUGUAUAUGUAGGGCCAGGUUAUGUCUGUUCUGAACCUGCCCAUGUGGAAGUGUUAGCUGUCAUACUGUUUUAGUCUAUACAUUUAUGUGUGAAUCUCUUCAACCUCUCUUAAUGAGUAUACUUUGUGUACAAUUUUUCUACAUAAACUAUUAUUUCAUGUAGCUGCAGAGAGAAAAAUUGACAUUCAUUGAUGAACAUUACUUCAGAUGGUGCCCUAAUUGAUAACAUGUUGACAAAAGGAAGAAGGAAUUUCAGUGUUGUUUGAGGUUUUAAAUGUGCUGAUAACAUUUUUACCACAGCCCUAUCAAUCUAGUGCUAUACAAAGCCUUCUGUUGCCUCACACACUGUAUACCCCACAGUCUGGUAAAAUAGCCUGUAAAAUUAUUACUGUAUUUUGGUGUUGUGAAUUGUGAUAUGAUGCAUACAUUUUUACGAUUGGUUAAUAUUAUCCUUUUGUUUGCUGGACAAAAGUUUACUGCUGUGUCAAGUUUCAUGGUUAUAUUUCAAAACCUUGUAAAAAGUUAACUGACAGAUUCUUUUACUGUAACUUAAGAAAACAUGUUUUUAGAAAUUAUAUUCCAGUAUAGCAUUGAAAGUGUACGCAUGUUGGUCAUUCACUUGGCAAUAGCAAAACCUUGCAUGCAGUGGAACAUGCGGUUUCCUUUUAGUAUGUCUUAUUUGACAUCCAUUUUGUUUGUACAUGUAGAAGGAAAAAAUACAUCGUUGUUGUCAGGUGGGCUAAAUGUAACUAAUUAGCAUACAUGUCAUGUCUGUUUAAUAUAUAUGGUGGCCUUUAUGGGCACAAUUGUGGGCAUAACAAAUAGAAUGGCUAACAAUGGAAAAAAAAUCAUUUUCAUAUACAAACUCCAAUAUGCAUUUUUUUGUCCACGUUUAUAUUAUUGCAAGAGCUGUAGAAUAUGAAAUUAUUAUUAUUUUGGUUAAUAUCACCUUGAUCACCUUCGGUUGUCAAGCCUUCUGAACUUGUUUUCUAUGGCGCUGCCAAUAUUGGUCAGAGAGUAUUCUUGUCCGUUGAAUGCCACGAAAACACUCGAGAGCCUUCUCAGGUUUGCUGAUUUGGUUUGGUGCACUUUUUUUUUAAAAUCUCUUCUCAAGAAGAAAACCAUCCAGUAACUUUGCACGUUAUGCAGUUGCAUGUAUAUCCAUGGACUCACUGGCAGUUUCCCAAAACUAUUUAAGAUGUUUAGCCUCCAUGACUCAUGUUUGACUCAUUUUCGAUGUUUAGCCUCCAUGGCUCAUGUUUAACCCAUUUCCGAUGUUUAGCCUCCAUGACUCAUGUUUGACUCUUUUUUGGAGGUCAGAUUUCAUGUUUGAAUUUUUAGUCUUUUUGGCAUUACAUUUUCGAAAGUCAUAAGCCACUUUCAUUGAAGCUGUGUACAUUGAUCCACAUUCAGAACUCUUACAGUGUGAUUGACCUUCCAUCCACGUUUUGUAUGCUCAAUAUUACAUCUCAAAUAGUACUGGAUCCUAUUCAAUGAUGCUGCGGACAUAGACUCAUGGAAUAGGGAGUUCUCUAGAUCAUAUUAAAUAUGUUAGAAUGUGGUCACUGUGACUGACCUUUGACCUACUUUGCUGAGGCCAGACAUAGUAUUAAACUGAGUAGAUUUUCUACUCCCAAAAAACAGCGUCCAUAAACAGAAGAGUUGUAAUUAAAUGUUCCAGUCAUAAAUUGUUAUAAAAAAAAGUCACCAAUUUUGAAAAUUUUCACAUCUACAGGUGUACACUUAUGUGAUGAUUGGGAUUAACAAUAACAUAGUCAAAUAAAUAAUAAAUUGUUUGAUGACAUGUUCAUUGCAUUAACCAUGAUGAGUGGAUUUUCAUAUCACUACUGCUCCAAUCUGAUGGUGAAACAUUUAUUUCACUACUGCUCCAGUCUGAUGGUGAAACAUUUAUUUCACUACUGCUCCAGUCUGAUGGUGAAACAUUUAUUUCACUACUGCUCCAAUCUGAUGGUGAAACAUUUAAGCUGUGCCAUUUAAAUCACCAAACAGGCCUUCAGGCUUUAUGAUUUUGAAUGAUAGAGCUGAAUUCUUGUUAUAUGUAACCUUGAGAAAUUAGUAUUUUUGUUUGAAUUAUUUUCUGUGGCAACCUUGUAGAUGAAGUAAGAAAGGUUUCAAUUAGCACUGUCUUAUGCUGUCUGUAUACGUGUUGUUGUUAGUGUCCAGAUUUUUAUAGCCAGUGUUUUUUAUUACAAAGAUUAUAUCCUGUUCCAAAUAAUUGGAAGGGCGUCUGAGAAAGGCUGUAGUGACUAGUGCCAUGUAUUCAAUACAUUUACUGCCUUAGUCGGUCUUCGGUAUCACAGCUGAUCAUCAAGGCCUGUUUGCCUUUGAAUCUGGAAAUUUCAUCCUAAAACCAGGCCAAAUUCAGGGUGGAUUCUAGCUAUACAGAAGAAACCUACUACCUACUAUAAAUUUAUAAUAAAGUAUUCUGGUUUAAACAGGUGAUAAUGUUUGUACAUGUGGCUGGGGCUGUCAGCUAAAUCUGGACACUAAUCCAUUGAACUGAACAGUGUUGACUUAGGCUAACCUCUCCAUACGUGUUCAUACUCAUAAUUACAUUUGUUUUCUGUGGAAGAGCUGGCAUCUGAAAUGAAUUUCUAGCCUUUUCAUCUAUAUUAGAAUGGUUUAAAACCACCAUAAAAUACUCUUCAUUGUCAUUCCUAGUGUUUUUAAUGUUUCUGUUAAGGCAUGUAUUGCAUACUUUAAAUUAUAAAUUUUGUCAUUUGUAUUUUGAGAUUUUCGUGGUAGUGUUUUAUCACUGAUCACAUUUUGCAUUAUUUACCCACGUGCUGAUUUUAUUUUAAGUUUUGCUGUUUAAAGUUAACAAUUCAGAAAAUCUUCCACUUUCAGUUUGGGAUUUUGUAGCCCAUUGACCUAUUUCACAAAGCGAUUUCAAGCCUUAGUCUAGAGUUGUAAUCCAAACUAAACUCUUAAAUAUAUGCAUAGAUUGAUACAAUUUUGACAGCUGAUUCUGUACUGGAGUAGUACAAUUUCAACCAAGACUGAGCAUUCAUCUUGAAAUAUUUUGCUUUGUAAAGAAGAUUAAAAUGUUAAACAUUAAACCAAAAUGGCUUUGUCAAAAAGGUCCCGUUACCAUAUUCCACAAAGCGAUUGAUGGCUUAGUUUUAAUUGUAAUUUCAAUGGUUACACGUGUUGCAGAGAUAUAUUGAAAUUGUCAUGAUAAAUUGUCAACAUACCCAAGAAGUUCAGCCUAAAAUGGAAAUCAUCAUUCUCAUGGUUUUUAUGGCAACAGACCCCGAGCAUUAUGUUUUUUGUGUACAUUACACAAAUUUGUGAAUUCUCACUCUGGCUCUCUGGUUUUAACAGCAGGUUU